AUGCCGCCAUCCCUUCGGAAAGCGUGCCACGCUUGCACCAUCGCAAAGCGUCGCUGCGUACCUCAGCUCCCCCAGUGCAGCCGUUGUGCUGAGAAGGGACUGCGUUGCACCUAUGACUUGGAGCCUGUAACCAAUCUCGAGACAGAUAGCUCUCGCCAGCCACAUACGACGAUUCAAAGCCCGUGGCAGCCACUACCUCCCAUCAUCUUCGACUCGGUCGCUUCAGCCCAUGAAGCCGCCGUGCGUUCCUACACCUCCGAGGGCUACGAGAUGCUACCCGUGAUGGCAAACCAGGAUACGCUCAUGUUGGUUGUAGAGCGCCAUCUGAGACCUAUCCCCCUGCUCACAUUCCGGCAAAGAACCACCCCGUACGUCCACAGCCAGGUGCUGUUGGCUAGUAAGCAGACAUCUGCAACCCUGAUUCUUCCAGACGUUGAUGGCUCGCGGACGACACUAGGCCCCGAUCCCGUCUUUCUAGAAAGAGCGCAACAACACUUACUAUCGCUAGAGAUCGAACAGCUAACCUUCACGGAGUUCCUGCCGGAAUUUCAUAGGCUGGCGGCUGUCCUGCUCUCCUACAUCCUGAGUUUAGAUCGAUCCUCGCCUGACGCUCAAAUGCCGCCGAUUCUGCUCAAUCUCUGGAUAACUUGGACAAAGCAUUUGCACAUGACACUCCCACGAACGCUCAGCAGCGACCUGUCAGCGUGGCAGGCCUGGUGUACUGCUGAGAGCGCCCGCAGAACCCUUUUGUAUGUUAUUCUUGUCGACGGAAUGGUAGAAGUGGCACAGAAGGGAUACUGUCACUACCGCCCCAUGGUGGAGUCUCUGCCGUUCGAUGCAAGGACAGGUCUCUGGGAGGCAGACACGGAAGAAGAAUGGCAAGCGGCCGUGGCUGCCCACGGCGGCGUAGAGUCUGAAUUGAUCUCAUGGGCCGAGUUCAUUGGGAUUGGGGGCCCCGAGCCUCGUGGGGAUUAUGACGGAAUGCUUCAGCGAAUGCUUCUCAUGAUUCAAUUCGGUAGGGCCGCUGCUGACCUCCAAUGAACCGCACAAGACACU